GGGUACACGCCCUGUCUUCCUACAGCCAGGCUAGCCAGCCACAGCUCUGCCACCUUCUUUAACAGGUGGACGCUCCGCUGCUUCCACAGUCCUCUUGGGAAACACACUACCUCCUUCUUCUACUACCGGACGACCAUCACCACCGCCAAGAUGCCGAAAACGGUCAACGUGCGAGUCACCACGAUGGAUGCUGAGCUGGAGUUUUCCUUCCACCCAAACACAACCGGGAAGCAACUCUUUGACCAGGUGGCCAGGACAAUCGGGCUGCGUGAAGUUUGGUACUUUGGGCUCCAGUUUGUUGAUGAAAAAGGUUUUUUCACAUGGCUCAACACCGACAAGAAGGUGAUGUCCCAGGACGUACGUAAGGAGACACCACUGCAGUUCAAACUACGUGCCAAGUACUAUCCAGAGGAUGUGGCGGAAGAGCUCAUCCAGGAUGUGACGCGCCGCCUCUUCUACCUGCAAGUGAAGGAGGACAUCCUGAGCGAGGACGUCUACUGCCCGCCCGAGACCGCCGUGCUGCUGGCCUCCUAUGCCGUCCAGGCCAAGUACGGCGAAUACAAGAAGUCGGUGCACCACCCGGGCUACAUGUCCUCGGAGCGCCUCAUGUCGCGCAGAGUCCUGGAGCAACACAGCUUGUCCAAGGAGCAAUGGGAGGACAAGAUUCAGGUCUGGCACGUGGAGCACGGAUGCAUGCUCAAGGACGAGGCCAUAAUUGAGUACCUGAAGAUCGCCCAGGACCUGGAAAUGUACGGCAUCAACUACUUUGAGAUCAAGAACAAGAAGGGCACCGACUUGUGGUUGGGUGUGGACGCCCUGGGCCUCAACAUCUACGAGAAGGAGGACAAGAUGACUCCAAAGAUCGGAUUUCCCUGGAGUGAAAUCAGGAACAUUUCCUUUAACGAUAAAAAGUUCAUCAUCAAGCCCAUCGACAAGAAGUCCCCUGACUUCAUCUUCUACGCGCCGCGGCUGCGCGUCAACAAGCGCAUCCUGCAGCUGUGCAUGGGCAACCACGAACUGUACAUGCGCCGCCGCAAGGCGGACACCAUCGAGGUGCAGCAGAUGAAGGCCCAGGCGAAGGAAGACCGGCUCCAGAAGAAAAUGGAGCGCGACCAGCUGGACAGUGAAAAGAAACGGAGGGAGGCCAUUGAGCGCGAGAAGGAGCAGAUGGAGCAGGAGAAGCGCGAGCUCAUAACUAAGCUCCAGCAAUACGAGGAGACCACGAAGAGAGCCGAGAGGGAGCUCCAGGAGCAGCUGGACCGGGCCAUACGGCUGGAGGAGGAACGGAGGAAGGUGGAGCAGGAGGCGGCCCGGCUGGAAGCCGAGAGGAUGGAGGCCAUCAUCGCCAAGGAGGAGCUGGCCAGGCAGGCUGAGGACCAGAUGAAGAGCCAGGAGCAGCUGGCCACGGAGCUGGCUGAGUACAGCGCGAAGAUCCUGCUGCUGGAGGAGGCCAAGAGGGUGAAGGAGGAGGAGGCGGAGACGUGGCACUGCAAGGCUAAAGCGGUCGAGGAGAACCUGGUGAAGACGCAGGAGGAGCUGCGUACGGUGAUGACUAGCUCGGCCCCCGUGGCCGCCGCCUCCUCGUCCUCGUCGGACAGCGAGAGCGACCACGAGCACAGCGAGGAGAACAGCACCUGCAGCGCCGAACUGCACUCGCAGGGCAUCAACGACCACCGCCGCGAGGAGGACAGGCUCACCGAGGCCGAGAAGAACGAACGCCUGCAGGCCAAGCUCAGGGCGCUGAGCUCCGAGCUGGAGGAGUCGCGCGACCACAAGAAGAAGACAGCCAGCGACCUGCUGCACGCCGAGAACGUCCGCGCGGGCCGAGACAAGUACAAGACGCUCCGGCAAAUCCGCAUGGGCAACACCAAGCAGAGGAUCGACGAGUUCGAGGCCCUGUAAUGUAAAAGCGGACCUCCGCCAGGGAAGGGUGUGAUCAAGCCAAACACUCAAACAUGGAAAAACCACAAACACGAGUACUGUACACACAGUUGUGAGCAUGCGUGUGCUUUUAUGUAGUCUGAGCAGCUCUUUUUAAUCCUUCAAUUUAUUUUAUUUUUAUUAUUACGUUUGCCUCACAGCAUAAUUGCUUACGUCAUUUUUUAACGUUAUCGGAAAAUGAGGAAAAUACCGCAACAUAUUCAACAAACAAGUCCGGUUGCCUUCAUUCAAACUUUGCCGAUUACCAUGAAUUGGAUGACUGACAAUCUACGCAGAUAUCAGGGGGAAAAAAUCACCUUUUUUUUCUUUUUUCAUUUUUCUUUUUCUUUAAAAAUAACUUCCUUUUUUCCCCUUUUUCUUUGUUUUUCAUUUUUCUUUAAAAAAAGAAAAAUAUAUUUUUUUACUCUAUUUUUUUCUUUUUCUUCAUUUUUGAGUUUUUCCCCUUUUUUUUUCCUUUCUUUAAAAAAUGGAAAAAAAAAACUUUUUGCAAGCAUAUUGGUAUAUAUAUCGACAGUGGGUUAAAAAUGACUUUAGCUAUUAUGCUACUAGGCUAACGUUGAGUCAAAGAAUCGCCUCACAUUUAAAUAAAACUUGACUACUUAUUCCAACUUGCUUUAGUUGUCCGCGCCUUUGUUAUUGGAACAAGAACGUGAUUGAAUUAGGGUCGUGUAUGUUUCUGUGGUCGUGUCAGCGUUUCUUUGGAAACCCUGACCAUAGUUUGAGACCCUCAUUUGAAAGCGUAUCCCUCGUUUCAAACCCUAACCCAAGCUUGAGACAAAUUUGGAAGCCUCACUCUGUCUUAAAACUAGGGCUGGCACUAUUGAAUCUUUUUAGACUAUUCUCCUGGUAAAGCAUGAUAAUGCAGAUGGGCAAGAUUUUUAAAAUGAACCAGACUUGAAGACAAUGUGUAGAACACCAUCGAUGUGGCGGUUUUACAGCCCUUUCCAAUGAAUAUUUGAACACUAAUAGUGGAGCAACAUACGUAGACAAAUAAUGUAACAAUACUAUACUCCCAGGCAUAUAUUAUUUAUCCUCUACAAAGAAAGACUAAUAUUCCUGUGUAGUUUUGACCAUCUCCCUGUAUAGCCGUACAUCUGUAUUAUACUGCCCUCAGGUGGUCAAGACGCACCCACCAGAAGAAGCAGCACGAUGUCCAUUGAACUGAAGCAAAAAGAAAUUACAGCAAAAACUGUAAAAAAAAAAAUAAAGGAUUUUUACAUUCCA